UUUCUAAGUUGUCUAGACAAUUCUCUCCUCCAAAGUUCCCUUCCCCACUCUUUAAAUACAUCCACCACUCACCACCCAUCUUUUCCAAUCUAAUUUUCCUCUCUCACCUGAGAUCCAAUCCAACUUAACCAAGUUGGAAACUUAAGAGAGAGAAACAGCUAGCAAUGGAACGUGGGGUGAACCUACAGGAUACCAGAUGGGAAGGCUAUGCCGAUUGGAGGAAUCGACCUGCUCUCAAGGGUAGACAUGGUGGCAUUUUUGCAGCCUCCUUUGUCUUGGUUGUGGAAGUGCUGGAGAACCUGGCGUACUUGGCAAAUGCCAGCAACCUAGUGAUGUAUUUGUCCAAGUACAUGCACUUAUCUCCAUCUAAAUCGGCAAACAAUGUCACCAAUUUCAUGGGGACUGCCUUUCUUCUAGCUCUGCUUGGAGGUUUCUUAUCUGAUGCUUUCUUCACCACUUAUCACAUCUACUUGAUAAGCGCAUUCAUCGAGUUUCUGGGAUUGAUCAUUCUUACAAUACAAGCAAGGGCACCUUCCCUAAAGCCACCCAAAUGCAGUCCAUCCGCAUCCUCCAUCCCAUGCGAGGAAGUUAGAGGUGGGAAAGCAGCAAUGCUGUUCAUGGGCCUCUAUCUUGUGGCACUUGGCAUUGGAGGGAUAAAGGGUUCCUUACCAACCCAUGGCGCCGAGCAGUUUGAUGAGAAUACCCCACAGGGAAGGAAGCAAAGAUCCACCUUCUUCAACUACUUUGUCUUCAGUCUCUCAUUUGGUGCCCUUAUUGCCGUCACUUUUGUUGUGUGGAUCGAAGACAACAAAGGGUGGGAGUGGGGUUUUGCCAUCUCCACCAUUGCAAUCUUGUUAUCAAUCCCGAUCUUCCUCGCUGGCUCUACGUUUUAUAGGAGCAAAAUACCCUUUGGCAGCCCUUUGACAACCAUUUGCAAGGUCUUGGUUGCCGCUAUGCUGAACAGUAGUUGCGUAAGCCGAAGUCCAAGCAAUGCCAUUGCCAACCUUACCACAAGCCCCUCUUAUCGAACCCAAACCAGCAAGGAAGCUGAAGAAAAUGCUAAACAAAUUGAGCAAGGUGGAGACGGAAUCCCAACAAAAAGCCUCAAAUUCAUCAACAGAGCAGUGGAGAACAAGCCAGCUUACCCAGCACUUGAAUGCUCGGUCCAGCAAGUGGAGGAAGUCAAGAUUGUUCUGAAAAUCCUACCCAUAUUUGCUUGCACCAUUAUUCUCAACUGCUGCCUAGCUCAGCUCUCCACAUUUUCUGUAGAACAAGCUGCCACCAUGAACACUAAGCUUGGUUCAUUGAAAAUCCCACCAGCUUCCCUACCGGUUUUCCCUGUGGUCUUCAUCAUGAUCCUAGCACCAGUUUACGAUCACUUCAUCAUCCCAUUCGCUAGGAGAUUAACUAAAACCGAGACCGGCAUCUCUCAACUACAACGAAUUGGAAUUGGUUUAUUUCUUUCCAUAAUAGCCAUGGCAGUUGCAGCCCUUGUUGAGAUCAAGAGAAAGAGAGUGGCACUGGCAAACAACUCAGGCCUACUUGACUCGAACAACCCAUUACCCAUUACCAUUUUUUGGAUUGCUUUGCAGUAUUUGUUUUUGGGGUCAGCAGAUCUUUUCACCUUGGCAGGCUUACUUGAAUUUUUCUUCACAGAGGCGCCAUCAAGCAUGAGAUCCUUGGCUACAUCUCUCUGCUGGGCUUCUUUGGCCAUGGGGUAUUAUUUAAGCUCGGUGAUUGUAUCAAUAGUAAAUAACGUGACAGAGAAGUCCGGAAACAAGCCUUGGCUCUCUGGUCAUACAAUAAAUGGGUAUCGUUUGGACAGAUUCUACUGGCUUGUGUGUGUGCUUAGCGUCUUGAAUUUCAUGCAUUACCUGUUCUGGGCCAUGCGCUACAAAUACAGAUCAGUUGGAUCUACCAAGUAAAAACAUCCACUACCAAAUUCUGACGUAUUUCAAAUGCUAUGCACUGAAGCAGCAAGUCUCUGGGUUUUCUUUUGUUCUGCUCCAGUAAUUCGCUUGAUGAUUUCAAAGAAAUGAAACCUCAGCUCAGCCCCAUGCUUAUCCCAAUUGCCCGUGACAUAAAUGCCAAACCCUGUGCUUUUUGAGAUAUUUGUUUGUAAGCAUGUAUAUAGGCAACUGCGUCACUAACUGUUGGUUAUCAGCUAUUUUAGCUUUUUCCUUGGGCUUUGCAUUUUCUACUCUUUAUUUAACAUGCGACUUUCUAAUUA